UGUGCGGCGGCGCGACCUUCGCUCUCGGGUCUCUUCCGCCCUUCCCUUCUUCGGGCGUUGCCAGGCAUGGUGCUGCUGGGCGGUCGCUUCGUUUUGCGCUUCGGCCUGGCCGGCCUCCCUGUGCCGGCCGCUUCCCUCUAUCGGAGCCGGCGGCGGCCCGAGCCUCCCCCCUGGCCGGCGCUGAGACCACCGGUGUGCCUGUUCUCUGCAAAGGCAAAUUCCAAAACUCUUCUUUCUGCCCUGGUCUCAAAAGCCAAAUACAUAAAUGAGAAAUAUGAAAGGUUUUUGGAACGGACAUUCCCGCGUUUUUAUCUGCUGUAUUCAACCUUUUUCAAAGGGGUUCGGGUAUUCUACUCAGAGGUAAAAGAAAUAAGAAGAAUAAAGGCCAAUAUGUCGCAUAAAAAUAUACAGUUUUAUCAGCUUCCAUACAGAGAGAUGGAGAGACUAAGGCAGUUUCGCAGAGAUCUGAUCAAGGCCAUUCCUAUUGGGAUUCUCUCGCUUCCACCUUUUGCUAACUAUCUCGUUCUCUUGCUCAUGUAUCUGUUCCCAAGACAACUCUUAAUACGUCACUUUUGGACUCCUGAACAACAAGUGGAGUUUUUGGAUGCGUAUCACAAAAUAAGGAAGGAAGCAUAUGCUGAAGUGGUUGAUGAACUAAUGCACCUGUCUCGUUUCCUAGCCAAUCCACUCCUUCAAAAACAGAUGUUGCAUCUCUGCAGAAAGGUACAAGAAGGAUUCCAUCCAGAUGUAAUCGAACUUAAAGCUGUGAGGACGUUAUUUCAGGGGCAUCCCUUUGGCAUCCAAACGCUCAGUGUUCAACAAGUGAAAGUUCUAAGCCGCGUUCUGUUCCUGACGCCUCGCUUGCCGCCUGCGAUCCUAAGAUACCGCCUGCAGACUCACCUGUCAGAGCUGUACCACCUGGACCAAGCCAUGCUGAAACUGGGAGCAAGAGAGCUGUCUGAUGAGGAAGCGCGAGCGGCUUGUUAUACCCGGGGCUUGGAUUCUGUCCGUUUAAGCCCACCACAGUGCAGGCUGUGGCUGGACCGGUGGCUGGAACUCUCUUGCUCACUGAAAGACUCGGAAGUAUCACUCUUGGCCCACAGCAUGGUCUUGCUUUCCACCAACUACCUCUCCUCCUCCAAGGGCUGACCAGUGUGGACUCCCCUCCUGACCACUUCUGAAGAGAUGCUGUGACAAUGACUUCGGGCUACAGCAGAAAAAAAAAUGGAUGUUUUGCUGGCACUGAACAGGAUGGCCAGAGUCCUGCAGGGAGGGGUCAUGCCUCUACUUCCCCUAGAGGCUAUCAGUUCUGUUGGAGGCACUGCGUUAAGGAUGAGUGAAGUCUUUCCCUCUGACCUUCAGGAAAAAAAGGACAGCAGGCAUCUUUGAGAUGUCUCCAGAAGAAAUGUCUGCACAGGUGGCUUUCUGGUCUAGCUCAGCAGUGACAUCCUAAGUCCAUGCUCUCCCCACCAUUUAGCUACGAGGUCUUGAAUACCACUAGAUUGACUGGCUUCCUCAAACAUUGGCACUUACAGAGUAGUUCAGGGAAGAGCUUGUGUGCUGCCCCCCUAGCCCUCUGUACUGGUUAAGGAGAAGUUAAAGACAAGGAUGGGUGAUAGCUCAGUGAUCCAUUCCUGGGUUGUCACAGUAUGCUUUAAGAACAUCAUUAGAGCAUGGUUAUUAGUCCUUUCCAUCAGAACUGUACCGUUCGACCGGAAAUCCUACUACAUUCUUGAAGGGCGGCACUUCUGCUGGACAGACAUGUGUGGGCUCUCUCAGCCAAAGAGCAUUAUAAAAUGCAUUUUGGAGUCACCCCGAGGAGCUCAGGAUUCCAGCCUGUGACUAUUAACGUGCGCAGAACGGGUUAUGUGGAACACAUAAUUCCCCUACUAAGGCACUUGCGUCCCAUUUCUGAGCUUCUAAGUCUUAAAUGCUACCAUGAAACUUAAGGAAGUAGUAAUGAUUAUUACACAAGCCGGGCAGCUCAGAAGAAAGGUCUUCUGGCUAAAUAAAAUAUUUUAAAAAGUUUUUGCAGCUGGAAUUCUGACCAGAGGGUGCUUGAAUAUGAGUAUCUCCCCAUCCUACCUUCUAUAGUGCUUGAAUUCAAGUGUACGAAACAACAUGCACUGAAUGGACUGUACUGUUAUCUGUGAAUAUUCCGUUAAUGAUGGCUAAUAAAAACUACUCUCUCAA